AACAUGGUGCGGUGUUGUCUUCCUCUCCAUUUCCUCCUCGUCUUCUCCUAUUUCGACGGCCGACCCACGGCCACGCCUCUUCCAUCGCUUCACCUCUCGAGAUCUCGAAGGCGUCUUCCUCCUCUUCACGGAUCGAGGAGUCUCGAGGGAGGGAAGUGGAUCUGCGGCGGCGGCGGCUUUAGGCGAGGGGAUUGUCGACUCCUCGAUCGGCGGUUACUGCGAUGGCUGCUCCACCUGCUAGGGCACGGGCCGAUUAUGAUUACCUGAUCAAGCUUCUACUGAUCGGUGACAGCGGUGUUGGGAAGAGUUGUCUCCUCCUGCGUUUCUCCGAUGGUUCCUUCACAACAAGUUUCAUCACUACAAUUGGAAUUGAUUUUAAAAUAAGAACUAUAGAAUUGGAUGGCAAGCGAAUUAAACUACAGAUUUGGGAUACGGCUGGUCAAGAACGUUUCCGAACAAUCACGACUGCGUAUUACCGAGGUGCCAUGGGUAUCUUGCUCGUUUACGAUGUUACCGAUGAGUCAUCAUUUAACAACAUAAGGAAUUGGAUCCGGAACAUUGAACAGCAUGCUUCUGAUAAUGUGAACAAGAUUCUUGUUGGUAACAAGGCUGAUAUGGAUGAAAGCAAGAGGGCUGUGCCUACUGCCAAGGGACAAGCACUUGCUGAUGAAUAUGGAAUCAAGUUCUUUGAGACUAGUGCCAAGACAAAUCUUAAUGUGGAACAAGUCUUCUUUUCAAUCGCUAGAGAUAUUAAGCAAAGACUUUCUGAAACUGAUAACAAACCUGAGGAUCGAACAAUCAAGAUCAACAAACCAGACCAGGGAGCAGCCGAUGGCACUGCAGCUACGAGAUCAGCAUGCUGUGGGUCUUGAGAGAAGGGUUAGGCCAGUGGGGAUGAUUCGAGUGUAGUUGAUAAUUAAUUUGCAUGUUAUAGGCAACAGCUGAUGGUAUUCAAUAUAAUGGACUCAUGGUGGGUGCUUGAAAUUUCGAUCUUUGUAUUUUUAUUUUUAUUUUUAUUUUUUGCUACGUUGGGUCUUUUAUUGGUGAACUUAACUGACAAUUCUUUCUCCCUUUGGGAUUGGAAAACUGCAAUUCUUGUUUUGUUAUGAAACUAGUAUCAGAAUGUAUGCCUUAUCAAUAUGCUGUCA